AUGGAGAAUCUGAAAGUGUCGGAAGCUCACUUUCUCUUUGUAACGCUCCCAGCACAAGGACACAUCACCCCGGCUCUCGAGUUCGCCAAACGCCUCGCCGUCGCCGGAGCUGACGUCACCUUCGCCGCCUGCGUCUACGCAUUCCGCCGCAUGGUGGUGAAGGGCUCCGUCCCCGACCGCCUCUCAUUCGCCACCUUCUCCGACGGCUUCGACGACGGAUUCAAGCCCGACGAGAAAAACCCUAACAAGUACGCCUCCGUCAUGAAGCUCCGAGGCUCAGAGACCGUCGCCGAACUCAUCCGUGACCACAACGAGAACGCCGCCCAACGAGGACGACGACCCUUUACGUGCGUGGUGUUCACGCUCCUCCUCCCUUGGGUCAUCACGGUGGCGCGUGAAUUCCACCUCCCAGUCGCGCUUCUCUGGGUUCAACCUGCCACCCUCUUCGACAUCCUCUACUAUUACGUCAAUGGCUAUGCUGAUGUUAUCAAGGGCACUGAUCACGAUCACGAUCAUGAUGACGAUGGUUUGAUAAGAUUGCCCGGCUUGCCACCAUUACGUCGCCGUGAUCUUCCUACUUUCGUUCUUCCGUCGAACAGCUCUAGCUAUUUCCUGCCGGAGUUUCAAGAACAGAUGGAUAUGCUCAAGGAAGAAACCAAUCCGAUGAUCCUCGUCAACACGUUCCAAGAACUCGAACCGGAAGCCUUGAACUCGGUCCCCGAUUUCAAAAUGAUUCCUGUCGGCCCAUUGAUCACCUCGAAGGACGAUUCGUUCGGCGUUUCUAUGUGUCAAGACCCGAAGAAUUAUCUGCAAUGGUUGGAUACAAAACCAGAUUCAUCCGUCGUUUACAUCUCUUUCGGGACAAUCGUAGUGCUGAGCAAGAAACAAUACGAAGAAAUCUCUAAAGCCCUGAUACGGAGCCGAAGGCCAUUCUUGUGGGUCAUUUCAGAGAAGACAUACAAAAGCGAAGAAGACAGAGAUAACGAAGAAGACAACAUAACGAGUUUCAGACAACAACUCGACGAACAAGGACUGAUAGUGCAAUGGUGUGAUCAGCUUCAGGUCCUGAACCACAGAUCGAUCGGAUGUUUUGUCACUCACUGCGGUUGGAAUUCGACGCUGGAGAGCUUAGUGUCGGGAAUUCCUGUAGUGGCGUUCCCACAAAGUUCAGACCAGACAACGAACGCGAAGCUGGUGGAAGAAUGCUGGAAGACAGGAGUGAGAGUGAACGUUAAUGAAGACGAAGGCGUGGUCGAGAGCGGGGAGAUUCGAAGGUGCGUAGAGGCGGUCAUGGCGGAGGAGACGACGGCGGAUGAAUUCAGAAGGAAUGCGGCGAAGUGGAGAGAUUUGGCGGCGGGGUCCGUACGAGGAGGAGGAUCUUCGUGUAAUAAUCUCAAAGCCUUUGUGGAUAUGCAUAUGGGAUCUUUCUCGAACUAACAGAUAGUGUCGGGGAAAAAGCAGAAACGGUAAAAUUUACCAAA